AUGCUCCAGAUUCCCACACGAGAGAUCCUGAGCUUGUGGCUAGGCCGUGUAGGCCCGCUCAAGGAAGCCACCAGUGCAAAGCUAUAUCAAAGCUACUUUGCGCGCGAUUCUGCCUUUGAUGCAAAGUGCAAGACAUAUGAACCACAUAUCAACACACUGAUCGCGCAUUACAAGGAACAAGACUUGCCAUCGCUCGAUCCGUAUGACUCUAUCAUCACGGAUGAAUCUGCCGUUGCUGCAUUUCCCAAAUCAAAGGAUGAGACAUUGAGCCAUAUCCUACUCCUUGACCAAUUCUCGCGCAAUAUCUGGCGUGGUCGUGAAGCGGUCAAGGUCUACAACGAAGCAGACCCCAUUGCUCAUCAAUUGUCCAUCUAUGCUCUGCAAAAACAAUGGGACGUCGAAUCUGACUGGCUCGAAUUAUUGUUUAUGAGCAUGCCAUUGACGCAUGCAGAAAGCUUUUCCUCCCACAUCAGGCUGCUUCGUACCUAUCUCGCUAAAAUUGAACAAGUCGACAAAGCUGUACAGGCUGGCGAGAAGACGACACAGGAACGUGGCGUGGCGUUGCUUGCUCUCAAAUCACAGUAUGAGCAUCUCGAUCUCAUCAAUCAAUUUGGACGCUACCCACAUCGCAACAAAGUGCUCAAUCGCGGUGCAACAGAUGCGGAGGUCAAGUACAUGGCAAGUGGCGGUACUACCUUUGGCGCAGAUGCAUGA